AUGUCUGCCUUGGAUGUCGACUACCUUACUAAAGAUGAGCUAACAUUUGAACUCAAAAGCAGAGGUCUGGAAAUAAAAGAUGACAGUACAGUUGAUGAGCUCCGGAAAGCACUCAGAUUAAAUAAAUCAAUUUACAAUCAGAGUUCAGCAUUGGGAUUUCUUGUUGAUUUGGACUUACAGUUAGAAUUAUCAAUGUGUGAGGAUAAAUUAAAUUCAGUUUUGUCUGCUGUCCAUUCAUCAGCGUCAUGCAAGCGUAAGUGUUUGUCGAGGUUACAUCAUGUAGCUUGGCGUUUGGAUAAAUUGUUGACAUUUUCCCCGGAAUUGUAUACUAGGAAGUUGGAGUUGGUAAUGAAGACUCAGAAUGCACUGCAAACUAUUUCAUGCAAUUCUGCAUCAGAUAGGACAUCUAGCACUGCUCAGAUUUCUGAUACUGCACUGGUAAGAGAUAGCUCUAGUAGGGGUAGCUCGCAAGUUUUUAAAUGGAAAAUAUCUUUUAAUGGUAAAACACCGCUGCAUGACUUUCUUUUUAGUUUGGAAGAUUAUAGAAAUUCAACUGGUAUCUCGGACAGUGAGCUUUUAAGAAGUAUUGUUCAUUUGUUGGACGGUGAAGCAUUGUUGUGGUAUAGGAAUAUUUGUUCUGAAGUUUCAUCAUAUGCGGGCUUGGUUGAAUUAUUGAAACAAGAGUUUCUACCUGUUAACUUUGAACGCUCUUUAUUGAAUCAGAUUAAGUCAAGACUCCAAGGCAAGACUGAGAGCAUAAACACUUAUAUCAAUGUGAUGCAAAAUUUAUUUUCUAGACUUUCUAGUGGGGUCUCUGAGUCUGAACAGUUGGACAUUAUUAUGACCAAUAUGAGUCCUUUCUUUAUAUCCAGACUGGCUUUGUCUGAGGUUUCCUCAAUUAGGGAAUUGAAAGAUGUGUGUGCAAGAUUGGAGCUUGCCAAGAAUAAAUGUGAGUUUAGGGGUUUUCUCAACCCAGGGGACACCUCCAUCAUACCGGACGUUUGCAAAGUUAAUAAUAGGCCUUCUGCCUCUGCAGUGAUUAGUGCGAGAGCUUUUAGCACGCUGAAACAGCAUGAUUUGGAUUUUGACCUGCUAAAGAGUGACAAUUCUGUUGCAGUGGGAAACAAUAAUAAGUUGUGUCUUUUGGGGAUUGUUUGUUUGCCCAUUGCAUAUGCAGGCAAGGUUGAAAUGAUAGACUUCUAUGUCUGUGAGGACAUUAAUGCACCCAUUAUUUUAGGUGUAGAUUUUUUGAGGAAGUUUGAUCUUUGUCAGGAUAUCUUUGCAGAUGUUGGAAACAUGCUGUGUCAUGAGUCUAUGAACCUCAUCAAAGAUAAUGAGAUACACUUGCAUGAGGCAGCAGAACAGGCUGCACCUGACGCGCUUUCAAGAGCUCCGGCGUCAGAUGAGUUGUUCAAGUUUCAGGCUUCAGUUCUUGCUUUGGAAGGUGAUUCUUGGUAUUCUGGCAUGUUCAAGAAAGUUUCAGCUGCACCUGGCAAAUUCCCAGACUGGCGUGUUAUAGAGGAGAGAUUGUAUAAGAGGGUUAGGAACUCCAAUCCUUUGGCAGUCGAUUGUGAGUGGAAAUUAGUAGUUCCUGAGAGUCUCAGAAAUGAGGUGUUGAAACAGUGUCAUGAUAGGCCUGAGGCAGCACACUUAGGAGUAUUUAAGACCUUCAAACGACUGUCUCAGUCUUAUUUUUGGCCCAAGAUGAUUAAUGAUGUGAAGAGGUAUGUCAAACGUUGUCAAGUUUGUUUGGCACACAAAAGUGUGAAUGUUCCUCCACCAGGUCUAAUGGAAAAUCCGAAGAAAGUUCAAAGACCAUUCCAGGUCCUGUCAACGGACAUUAUAGGACCGUUGCCACGUAGUUAUUCAGGCUAUAAGUUUAUUUUGGUUGUUUCAGAUUACUUUACUAAGUACACUCAAUUGUUUCCCAUGAGAAGUUCAUUAGCAAAGUCGGUGGUCAGUAUUAUAGAGAAUCAGUUUCUUAUGAGACAUGGUAUUCCACAGUGCAUCAUCAUGGAUAAUGGACCACAGUAUAUCUCCAAUCACAUGAAGAUGCUGAAGGCGAAAUAUAAAAUUCCUAAUCUAUUCUAUAAUUGCAGAUUUUUGCCCCAGAAUAAUCCUGCUGAGAGAGUGAACAGAGUUGUGGUCACUGCUUUGGCUUCUUUAGUUGGCACAGACCAAAGACAUUGGUCAGAUAACAUUCACAAGAUUGAGUUUGCCAUGAACACUGCUGUUCAUGAGGUCACCGGCUAUAGCCCAUUUCUGUUGACGUUUGGUCGUGAAGCUGUUCUGUCCGGGGAUUGGUAUCCUGAUAGGGAAUUGAGUUUGGAAGAGUUGCAGUUUGUGGAUAGAGAUCUGUAUGCCUCAAUGUUAUUGCAUUUGAAGCCUUUGUUUGAAAAGGUUAAUGCUGCCAUUAAGAAGUCUUACCAUAGAAGCAGAACUUACUAUAAUAAAAACAGAACUCAGGUUGAGUAUGAAGUUGGUCAAGUUGUUUGGAAGAGGGAGUAUCCUUUGUCUGAUGCAGACAAAUUCUUUGCUAAGAAGUUGGCUCCCAAAUUUAAAAAGUGUGUUGUCCAGAGGAAAAUAUCACCUGUCUCUUAUGAGCUGCAAGACUUUCAUUCUGGGAAGUCCUUAGGUAGGUGGCAUAUCAAGGACAUUGUGAAGUCAGAACCAGAUAAUUAG